AUGCAUCGUAUUUGUAAACAAAGAACAUCACCUCAUGAAGUGCAUGGUUUUGUUCAGACUUGGAACAAGAGGACUGGACCUAGUAGGUUGAAAGAGCCAUUCACAGAAACAGUGGAAAGGGAAAAGGAUAUUAAACUGGCUUUCAUGUUUAAAUCUGGAAAACCUUAUAUGAGAGGUUUUUCCCUAGACAUUAAUAUUAUAGAAUGUUUUAGACAUUAUGGAGAAAGACAAAAUUGCCUGGAUUUGACUUUCUGGAAAAAAACCUUGUUUAUUGGCAAACUAUCUCGCACACAUACUGAACGGUUGAAGAUCUUGCUGGACAUCAUUCAUCAGAACGAACAUCAGUAGCCCAUUAAAUCUGAUAAUUGGGGUGUCAUGGAGAGCAUGAAUACAUACACAGAGACUGACAAAACUCCAUCUUCCAAUGUAUGUAGUGCGCCAAGUUCUGAAACCUUUACUACAGAGGAAGGACGUGGAACAACUUUCCCCCAGCAGUUGUCGGGAAAAUCACCAAUACUUGCCAAACAAGGAUUACCAGAAAAGAAAGAUAGGAAGAGAAAAACAACACUGUCGUCCAGUCUGGAUACGGAUGAAGGCUUCCUGGAAGAAAAUGAGAGUGUGCCAAACAAGAAAUUCAAGAAAGAUCCCUUGAAAGAUCUAGAAAAGGAUGGAAGUUUGAGACAUGGACCUCCCCUCAGGACCGCCUCUCCUGGAAAUUCUCACCUGGAUGAGACUGUUCUUUCUCCUCAGAGUGUGUCUGACAACAGUCUGCUAUUGCCAUUGGAACCAGAACGUGCCCAGGACGACCCAAAACACGAUGAAGACCAAUUGUGCCUUGACUCUCACCCAGAGCAACUGGGCUUCCCCAAUUUGGGAAACACCUGUUACAUGAACUCAAUUUUACAGUCACUCUAUGCAAUUCCAUCAUUUGCUGAUGGCUUACUAGGACAAGGUAUUCCAUGGGAGAACAUUCCUCCUGACGUGCUUAUUAUGCCUUUAAGUAUGUUGCUUGCUUUGAAAGACAUUUGUAAUCUAGAGACUAGCCAAGACCUCCUCAAAGAUAUUAAAAAUGCUAUCUCAGCUGUUGCAGAAAUAUUCUCGGGCAACAUGCAGAAUGAUGCUCAUGAAUUCUUAUGUCAGUGUUUAGACCAGCUGAAAGAUGACAUUGGAAAAUUAAACAGCAUUUGGAAAACGAGGAGGGAGGCUGGAGAUGAAAAUUCACCUCCAGAGUUGUUUGCUGGGAAUGCUGCCACCAAAGCGUUUGUUUGUCCAGUUGCUGCCAAUUUUGAAUUUGAAUUGCACGACUAUGUUGUUUGCAAAGGCUGUGGUCAAGUUGUUGUCGUGAUAGAGCCUGGUAAUUGUAUCUCCGUCAACCUACACCCAAAACCAAAAGCAUCUCCUUUGUCUAUUCAAAAUUGUUUGGAUCUUUUCUUUAAAACGGAAGAAUGUGAGCGCCACUGUGAAAUGUGUGACCACAAGAAGGCUGUGGUGAUGCAUAAAUUUGGCAGGCUACCCAGAGUCUUCAUUGUUCAUCUGAAACGCUACAGUUUGAGUGACACUUACGUGCCAAUGAAGGAUGACCAACAAGUUAUUAUUCCCAGAUAUUUGAGUUUAUCCUCUAAUUGCAACGAAGACACCAAACCACCACUUCCCUUGGAUUGUAAUGCACCUGUGUUGGACCCCGAAGUACUGAACCUCACUCAAGAGGUUAUUUCUGAGAGAGUCAGCCCAUGCACAUCAUCUGUGAAGUUGACCUCGCAAUCCAGUGACUCUUCAGUUCUACAUGUUGGACCAGCCGAAGAUGCUGAGCAAAACACACCUCAGAGAAUUUGGCCAGCGAGGCCAAAGGAGCAGCAGCAGAGAGACCUAGCAAGUGGCUCGAAUCUGGAGUCCAAACUGGGGAACGCAAGAGAUAGGGAAGUCAGAGAAAUGGAGAUGCUAGCAGCUGCCUCAGUAAUGGAUCAGGGAGACAUCUCUCUUCUUAUGAUCUGUGAAGACGCAAGUAAUCCUAUCAACAACCCAGACACAGGACUUGAACUUUAUUGUCAAGAGGAGCCUGAAGAUCCAGAACCUAAGGACAAUGAGAAAACCAGUACAUUGGUAGAGCUAGAUUUUUAUCAUGUUAGCGAGUCUUCAAAAGAUCUUUGUGACUAUGAAAAACACAAGAUUGCAGAAGGAUCGCAAGGCAUGGUUGAGCAGCUGCACGAAUCUGUUACCAAAGACAUCGUGGGCAUGGAGAAAACCAUAGCUAAAGUCAAGGAACCAAAAGGAAGCAUGGAAACGGGAGAUCCUCUUCAUUCUUACCGACUGAUUAGCGUCAUCAGCCACAUAGGGAACUCCCCGUGUGCAGGCCAUUACAUCAGCGACGUGUAUGACUUUCAGAAGCAGGCCUGGUUCACGUAUAGUGAUCUGUGGGUGGCAGAAAUCCCAGAGGCCAUGGUGCAGGAGGCGAGGCUUCACAGUGGGUACAUCUUUUUUUACAUGCACAAUGACAUUUUUGAGGCACUUGUGAGCAAGGCGGAGAAGUCCCAGCUAACCAGCCAGCAGGAAGAGCUGUUCCUUCCAGGAGAAUAA